CUUUAUAAAUGUCCCCCCACCUCCCCCAAAAUAUACCAGACAAACACUCUCUCUCUCUCUCUCUCUCUCUCUCUCUGUGUAACAGAGAGAGUGAAAAUGAAUGCCUUGGAUACACCGCUUGAGGCCUUGGCCUUCAAUUACCUGAGUUUCGCUUUCUCGACGGCCGUCGCAUGGCUCGCCGUCAUAACGGCAGCCGUUAGUUUCUGGAAGAUCAGAGCCGCCGGUUGUGCUGGUCCCGCGAAAUCCCAACGUCCUGACCGUCGUCGGAUUAACGAGCCGAUUACUGCCGUUUCAACGACGACUACGGCGGUGAAUUUUGUACUUGAGGAGACUGAUGGUAGCGCCACUGCCAAUGAAGGAAAGAGGAGACUCAGGAGAGGGAAAUUCACUGUUUAUUAUGAUGAGGAGAGUGAAGGCGUGGUCCGCGUGGAGGGAGAUUCGACGGCGGCUGACGGUGGUGAGGGGUGUUGUUCGGGUGGCAAUUGGGACAGAGAGUUGAGAAUGAGGAUGGGGAAGGAUGUGAGUUUGGGUGGUACCGUUAAUCAGGAUUUGACGGUGAUUGACGGUAACGUCGUUAGGUUAUGGGAUUGGGAAUUUAACUAACUAGUAUUAAUUUAAGGAAACUGAUUUUCGUACUUCACUUUAUACUAAUGGAGUGGAGCGCCAUCAGUAAAAAAUAGAGCGCGAAUAUCAAAAUCCUAGUUUUAUGAAUUUGGAUUAGGAAGUUGAUUAAGAAGAGUCAUUGGUUUUGGUAAUAAUUAAUGUACCUGUGGCCUUUGAAUUGUGUAUAUAUCUAAGAUUCCUGUGAUCGAUAUUAGCAAUAAGAGCUUUUUUUUGCCACAUGGGACUGCUGUGCAAAA